UAAGCCCCACUCACCUAACUUGUAAGCUAGCAUACGUGGCGCAUGCUGAUUGGUCAAGUAAAACGAAAACGAAAAAGGGGAGCAAUUUGGCAAAUCGGGAGCCGUAUGAUAAGAACGAAGCAGAACCGGAAUAGAAGGCAGAGCGACAAGACUAAAUUUUUUAAUUCUAUGAAAAGAGUGAAUUGGAAAAGUUAUAAACGAAUUAAAGAAUAAAAUACUUUUGGAAUUGCAAAAAAUUGUCGACCUUUUUUAACAUCUUAAAAAAUUUACUCUGCCUUCACUACGCGUUUCAACUUAAACAAAACUUCGUAUUGAAAAUCGCAAUGUCGCAAGCUACUACGAAUAUAGCUGAGGCUUCUAGUGUGCCGGCUAACUUCGCCGUUGGACCUGAUUUCACCGCCGCUGCUAAUCUAGCGGCUUCGACAAGCUAUCCCACUGCGCACAAUCCUGUCGCUCCAAACAAAAACUUGCUGAUACAGGGAGAGUAUGGAACUAAUAUUGGAGCUGCACAUCAACACGAUCCUGCGACUCAGCCCGAGAUCCUGGAUGCUCGCCUAUUUUCUGGAGCUCUUACAUCUGCUAAUCGGGUGCAUGCCAUGUCACCCAAUCAAAUACCGCUCCAAGAUAAUCGGCCAACUAGCCCCGCUAACUCCAUAAGCUCAAUCAGCUCGCAAGGGCUUCGUCGCCGGGCCGAACUGCUGCAUGAGCAGAGCGAAAUCUUAAGGCAAAGGGAGGCUCUACUAAGAGAGCAGCACAGCUUUCUGGAUCGUAUUGACGCAAUGGGUUUCGACGAUGACCUAGAUGAAAGGCAAUAUACAAUGCGUAGGCCUUCGACCUCAGUGCAGGGUUCAGCACCAAAUACAACGCAGACAAUGCAGCUACCUCCUAAUUUGGUUGCACCAUUCAAUAUAGCUGCUUCUGCUGCAAAUCCACCUGUCCUUCAAGGGGUUCCUCCACACGACACCGCCGUUUUAAGGACAUCAACUGUUCAACAUCAAGUGGGUGAUCUGUCAGCAUCUGUCCUUCAAUCCUUAUUGGACAGAAUACAGUCGCUCGAGCAGCAAUUACUAAAUAACUCGACACCCAAUAGAAGGGUGUCCUCCCCACAAUCGCAACCAGCGCAAACAACUUUUCCCAUAGCCGGGCACGUUAAUAGCUUAUCCUUCGGUGCUUCGGCUUAUCGCCGACUGACCAGAGACCAGGUCGCUUCUCGCAAAAGCCUUGCUACAGAGCUGCCCAAAUUUGAUGGCAAGCCAAGCGAGUGGCCGUUGUUUUACGCUACUUAUAACCAAUCGACAGAGGUUUGUGGAUUCUCUGAAGAAGAGAAUCUGCUAAGACUGCGGCAAGCAUUGGUAGGUACAGCGCGCAAUUCAGUUAAAAAUCUAUUGUUGCACUCCUCGUGCGUGCCUCAAAUUAUCGCUACCCUUCAAAUGCGAUUUGGACGACCAGAAUUGAUUAUCAGCGCUCUGCAGCGACAAAUUUGUAAACUGCCGUCACCGUCCGAAAGCCAGCUCGAAUCGAUUGUCGACUUCGCGGUAGAAGUGCAAAAUAUCUGUGCAACGAUGUCGGCAUCAGGCCUGACCAGUCAUUUGAACAAUCCCGAGUUUGAACAGAGGCUGGUUUCGAAACUGCCUGGGCUUUUACCAGCAUAUUGGGGAAUGCAUAAACGAAGCUUAGCGGUCUGUAAUUUACAACAUUUCAGCGAUUGGCUUUUCCAGCUAGCCCAAGGUGCUAAUUGCGUUCUUGUUCCAAAGGAGUCACCAAAAGUAUGCAAACGUGGCGCGAUUAACUAUCAUACUAAUUCGGUAAGAUGUAUCGUUUGCGAAGAAAAUUGCAGUGAUAUCUCUAAUUGUACCUCUUUCAAGAUAAUGCCACGAAGUCAAAAGUGGCAGGUAGUUCGCAAGUUGAAACUAUGUCAACGAUGCUUGGGGAAGCACCCCACAACUGGUUGUAAAUCGGCUGCAACAUGCAACGUUAAUGGUUGCACCCGCAGUCAUCAUCCCUUACUACACAACACAGAGUUUGUUGGUGCUGAAGCUGUACAAGCGUCCAAAAAUGUCAGGGCGAGCGUCUUAGCACAGCCUGCCAAUGUGAAUAUGCAUAGUUCUGGCAGAAGCAACACACUAUUUCGAGUACUCCCGGUAGUUCUACACUCGGGCCGUUGUAGAGUGCCAACCUAUGCCUUCAUAGAUGAUGGUUCGUCCCUCACACUCAUCGACGAAGAGCUGUUGAAAAAACUAAACGUAACAGGCACACCACAACCACUCUGCCUACGGUGGACUGGUGAUACACAUCGGUAUGAGGACGAGUCUGUCGUAGUCGACCUAGCCAUAUCCGCUAAAAACGGCGAUAAGAAAUUCGCGCUGAAAGGCGUUCGCUCAGUAAAAAAACUUGACUUGCCUAUCCAAUCACUUAACGCUGCCAAAUUGCAGUCGGAUUUCAAAUAUUUGAAAGGUUUGCCGUUGGAGUCAUAUUCAAAUGCCGCACCACAACUACUGAUUGGGUUAAAUAACGCUGCGCUUGGAUCUCCAAUCAAAUCUUUAUAUGGUGGCGAAAAUGAGCCAAUAGCAGAAAAGUCUAGACUUGGAUGGACAUUGAAAGGAUCGACACCUGAAAUCGGUGUCGAUACUGUACACCACGUCUAUCACAUUUGUAACUGCUCUGCCCAAGCUGAGCUGCUUCAAAUAACUAAAGCGUACAUUUGCCUUGAUAAUUUAGGCGUGUCAGCCAAACCUGCUGCUUUAUUGUCCAAAGAAGACGUCAUCGCUUUGGAGCAGCUACAACAACAUACCGUGCGAGUCGGCUACCGUUUCGAGACCAGUUUAUUAUGGAAACAUCCGUAUACUCAGCUCCCCGAUAGCCUUCAAAUGGCCUUAUUUCGGGCGCAAUGUCUACGUAGGAAGAUGCAACGCGACCAUAACUUAGCUGAGGUGCUUCAACAAAAGAUCAACGAUUAUAUCCAAAAGGGGUACGCCAGACGUUUGACACCACUCGAUGCUGCCGUUGAAAGAUACUGGUAUUUGCCGAUUUUUGCUGUAACAAACCCUAACAAACCUGGGAAGGUUCGAUUAGUCUGGGACGCAGCCGCGAAGGUUAAUGGUGUGUCCUUGAAUAGCAUGUUGCUCUAA